AUGAGUUUGUUCAUAUUGGACGACAUGAUUGUUGACGAAUCCGGUGAUUCCCAUAAACGUGUAAAGAUUACUACUGCCUGUGAUACUUGUAGAAGAAGAAAAGUCAAAUGUGAUGGCGCUUCUCCAUGCGCUAAUUGUCAACGAGGAGGUCCUCCUAAAGGAUUUGUAGCAUUGAUAGAAGAUAGAUUACACACUAUAGAAUCUCUUUUGAGAGAAACAACAAUCGAGGAAACAACAACAAGUACACGACAAAAAUUCUCUACAUUUAAAAUACGUCAUUAUUCCCCUUCAUAUACUAUUGCACCCACAAAUUCACAGCACCAUUUAUUCAUUCCUUCAACUCCUCCUGCCGAUGCGACUGGAUUUUCCACAUUUUCUGAUUCCCAAACUUUGAUCUCCUAUAAUGAUGAACUAGCUAGUGAUGAUGAGGAUAUACUUCACCAAAACCUGGUUUCUCCAACUGAUGCUAAUAGUUUACAAAGUAGCACUCUUUCAUUUCUUAUCAACCCAAAUCAAUCCACUGGUGCUUCUUCAUAUGUCGAUCCUCCAUUACCAACUUCCAUACCACAACUUAAUAAAGCUUUGCCUGCUGAUGUCACUCAAUUAUUAUUGGAAAAAUAUUUUAAUCAUUUUCACCCAUAUUUUCCUAUCAUAAACCGUGCGAAAUUUUUCAGACAUUUAUCGAAUCCUAAUGUCGAAGACCAACCUUCUCCGUUACUCCUUAAUGCUAUUUAUUCUGUUGGCGCUUUAUUCCCCCCUGCACUUCCGGACUCUUAUAGUCCAAAUACAUUUUAUGAUCGGGCACGAAGUAUGUUGGACUUUUUUAUCGACGCUCCUAGAGUGUCAACUGUUCAAGCAUUAAUACUUCUGUGUAUGGUCGACCAAGGAAAACCAACUUCGUACAGACCUCAAACCUAUUCUUCUAUGGCUAUAAGAAUGGCUCAAAGUAUGGGAUUGAAUCGAAGGAACGGACUUGUAUAUCAAGGCAAAGGUCGACAAACGAAAAAAUUUGUAUGGUGGGGUUGUUUCAUUGUUGAUAGACUUAAUAGCCUUGCCACAGGUGAUCCUUUGGCAAUUAAUGAUAAAAUGUGCGACAUAGAACUUCCUUCGCCAGACGAAGUGGAUGAUCAAGAUGAACAACAAUCUCCCCAGCAACAUAAUUCUCAUAGUUCAACGUAUGCACAACAAAUAAACAUUUUUGUUAAUUUUAUAAGACUUGCUCGACUAAUUGGCCAAAUAAUUGAGCAUCUUCAAUCAACUUCUUGUAUUGGAAUGUCUUCAUCUUGGACUCAUCAUCUUAUGGUUUCCAAUUUUGAAACUUCACUCGGGGCUUGGCAUCGGGAAUUACCUCAUUAUCUGCAUUAUGCACCUUCACCACAACAUAUGCCACUUCCGGGACAUAUAGCUUCAAUUCAUAUGCAUCAUCAGACCCUUUUUUUGAUACUUCAUUACCCUUACAUAGCAAGUAACAAUGUUAGACCAUCUAACUCGCGAAUGUCUAAAACCUAUCAAAAAUCGUUAAUAGCUUGUACAUCAGCAGCAAAUACCAUAACACAUAUAGGAGUUGAAGCAUUAAAUAAUAUCAAUGUAUGCAUAACAUUUCCAACCAUGUUUCACUGCCUAGCAAAGGCUGCAAAAGUUCAUGAGAUCAAUGUCGCAUCUUCACAUCGAGGAUUAGCCAUAGCAUCAUACAGAUACAUUUUAAAAACGAUCAAAAUUUGUCAAUUCUAUCAACAAAAUAAUAUAAUGACUGAAUUGGCUGGUCAAACUAUUAAAGCAUUGGAAAGUAUUGUGAUAAAACAUCAAGAAAAGUUUACCAAUGAAGAUGUUUCUUCAUCGUCCGCAAAUAUUUCUUCUACUCAUAUAAAAAUAUCACCUACCAUGACGAAUCAAGCAUAUGGAGGAUCACCAACCUCAACGAUAGAUAGAAACACACCAACACAUUCAAUGAUUGCACCCUUUGUUGGAUAUACAUCAUCACCUACGUCUACAAACGCCGCCACCACCAAAAGAGGAUCAUCAUCUCCAACAAACAUGCAACCGCCGCAAAAUUUCCCAUACCCGUCACAACCAGAAGGAACUGGUGCUCAAUUUAUUCCAAUAAAUAUUGGUAAUAACCAAAUAUUUGAUCAAUUUGCCACUAUGCAAAUGCAAUCACCAACUGUCAUGUCACCAACAGUCACAACUGAUAUGUCAUCGACAGAUCAAUUUUGGGAAAUUGGAAUGAAUUUUGCACCACAACCUGGUAUAGUAGGAUAUAACAAUAAUUCUUAUAAUCAGAUGACUGUAACGGGAUCUUUAGCGAAUUCAACUACAACGACACCAUCAUUUCCACCAAGUACUUCAGCAUCACCUACUGAUUAUUUCAAUUCACAGUCGAUGCAACAAAGACCAAGGCAACAAACACCUACGACCACCUCAUCUCCUAUCAAUUUCUCAUCCAACACGUUUAAAUCUCAUACAAGAACAAAUCCAAUGGCCUUGGACUCUAUCGAACAUGAAAGUGAAACCGGAACGACAAUGAUGACGGAACCGUUGAGGAAUGUAGGAUUACAAAAUGUUCAUAAUUCGCAGCAAAGGUAUGUCUUUAUGGAUACGAAUGACAAUAAUCCCUCUAUUGACAAUAACAUCAAUAAUGGGUUUGUUGUUGAGGGAAGUGGUGUCUAUGGUCGAAUGUCUUCCUCCAAUGAGACUCAUCUCCGAAUUUUCAACAAGAUCCCACAACGUCUGAGGAAGAAAGAAGACAUAAACCACUAUACCGAAUAUUCUUCUAAUAGCGAUCAAUCGAGAAUGUCUAACGCUAAUGCCAUAAAUGUCCUAUCUCGAAGAUCGAGCAGCGGCCAUUGCGGAGGUUUCAAGUUCGGUAAUCCCACCAGUUAUCUUGAAGUCACUUCCAUCGGUGUUGGCCAUGGUGAUGAUUAUGAACAAUAUGAUAGAUUAUAG